GGGUCAGUGAAAAGUCAAACUUUACAUUUGGUGUUGCAGCGACUAGCCAAUGGUUAUUCAAUACCUAGAGAGUUGAAAAUAUCACCACCACCAAAACCUCCGCCUCCACCGUCAUUGCCUCCGCCAAGAUUGAAGUGAAAAUGAGCUCUCCUACAACUUCUCAAAAUCAAUCUCCGGCCUCUUCUUCAAAAGACCCCAACUUUAUCACUAACGAUCAAGAACAACAGCAGCAACAACAACAACAAGAACAAAAUCGACCGCUAUCCGAUAAUCCCCAAUCAUCAAAAACCCUAACCCUAGAAAUCCCCGACACAGAAGUCCAUAACCCGCAAGACCCACAAGAUGAUGAUCCAAACCAAGACGACCCAGAAGAUAUCACACCCGUUUCUCCAACAAUUUCCGAUCCCCGCGUGCCCUCCGCCUCUGUCACUACCACGUUCACCAUCUCUCGCCGUGGCGGCGGCCCAAAGCGUAAGAAGCGAAAUGCUGCCCAGGAAAAGAAGGCUCAAAAAAGGCUCGAAAUUCUUGUUGAGACACUAAAUCCAAUUCCUUUUGUGCCUGUCAAACCCCUCGAUUUCUCCUCUCAUGAAGCUCUUCUGAAACGGGUUGGCUUAUGGGAGUUUGUCCACGUGCAAUUCGAUGUCAAUCUCCGCGCCGAUCUCUUAGCGCAAUUGAUUGUCAAUUUUAACCCAAACAAACGCCGUAGUGAAGUCAAUGGGUCUUCAAUCAAGGUCAGUCGCGCUGAUUUAGCACGGGCACUGAAUCUUCCUGUUAAGAUGGAUAAGGCAGAUAAUGUGAUAGAGGUGGAGGAAAGUGAAGAAUCCAGAGGAUUCAUUCAGGAAUUCGUUUCAACUUGGUUGUUGCUGCAUGAAGAUACUUGGAUGAUGACUGACGAUAUAUUGAAUGUGACUAAUUUGAUCAAAGAAGGGCAUUUUGAGAAGGUGGAUUGGGCUAAGUUGGUAUGGCUUAUGGUAGAGAAGGAGUUGGCAAUGGCGCCCAAUUUAGGGAAUUGUUAUUAUGCUUCUCAUUUGCAGCAAUUGAUGAAAGCACAGAAGAAGGAAUGGUUUGUGGAAGAGCCUGUUAAAAUGGAGAUUGAUGUUAAGGACAAUGAGGAUGAAGAUGUGAAAAUGGGUGAGGAACUACAAGGAGGAUCAGAAAUGGAGGAGCAUAAUAUUGAAUUGAGUCUUGGUGGAUUGGAUAAUGCAAUGAAAGAGGAUGGCGAGACAGAGGGAAAGGAGCCGGUGGGAAAUGAAGAUGGUAUUUAUUUUGAUGAUAAUAAGGAAGAUGAAGAACAGGGGCAGUUUCUGAAGAAAAGCAUGGAUGGUCAUUUUCUCGGUAGGUGUAAUCUUGGAGAAGUUGGGGUUUUGGAAUGUGAGGAGAGAAAACAGGAAGAAGAGGAGAGAGAAGAAGAGGUGAAAGAUGGGGAGGACGUAGAAGAAGAGGAGGAAGUGGGUUUUAGCAUUUCUCCAAAAGGGGAUACUUUGGAGGGUGUAAUCUCUGAGAAUCUUAUUGCAGUCAUGGAAGCAGCACAAAUUCCUUAUAGUUCAGGGGUACAAAUUCCUGAUAAUGUGUCUUCAGGCGAUUUUCUUGCUUCUAGGGUUGAUACACAGAGAAUUCCUGGUACUUCAUCAUCACUUUUCAGUAAUGGUAAUGGAAACAAGAGGGAAAUUGAGCAUCUUGAGGAUGAUAUGCCCCAUCAUGCACUUAAUGGUGGUAAUAAGAGAAUGAGGAGCGAUGGACAUUGGGAUGUGAAGUCAUCAUCAGAUUUUGAUUUGUGUAUGGAGCAAAUGCAACACUUUAUGGGAAAAGCUAGAAUGGUGUAUGAGGCAAAGGAGCAGGCUUAUCAAGAAAUGAAUAUGAAUCAACAGAUGUUGAUGAGUGACUUGCAGCAGCAGAAUAACGUGAUUCAACACUUGCACAAGGCUAAGAUAGACGAGCAACAGAAAAGACAACUGGAGAUUUAUAGGCUUGAACGUGAACUAUUCAUGAUGGGAAAUCUUUUAGAAGGGUAUAGAAAGGCUUUGAAACAGACCCAUAAGGCAUUUGCUGAGUAUCGUGCCAAGUGCCCUCUGCCUGAAGAACCCAUUUACAAGGAUACUGGUUCUGGAGGUCUUGUUUUGAGCACCAUGGAACUGGAGAAGCAGCGGUUGAAACAAGAGGAAGAGGAAAGGCAAAACCGUUUGUUGAUUGAAAAGAAGGUUAAGGAAUUUGAAACAGGAUGGAAUACUAAAUUUGAAGAAUGUCGAGUUGGGGUUGAUCUACUGAGUAACAAGUUGCUAGUGGUUGAAAAAGAAGUCAAUGUCUUGAAGGAAAGGUUUGCAAGACGGAAGGUCUCAGAUAUUCCAGAAUCUGUUCAAGCUGAAGAAUAAAUUACUCUGAAGUAUGUUUAGAGUUUGUGGAAACGUAGGUAAAUGACAGCUCUUAUAUGUAAGUUGAAUGGCGCAACUUUCUCUUUGUAUUUUGAGAAUUAGAAGCUCUAGUUUACGUUUGUUGCUGACCAUUUUCUUACUUCCAAUUUCUUAUAUUUAGCAUUAGUUUAGGGUGAUACCUCAAGUAUUGUGUUUCUGCUUGAUGGUUAAGAUGUGAAUUUUAUUUUCUAGUGAAUGACUUUGAGUCCAUUUCUAAUUUACUUCGCCAUCAUUUUGUCCC